AUGUUGACGUUUCAAUGUCCGAUGUUGACAUCAACAAACUACACUAUAUGGAGCAUGCGAAUGGAAGUAAUUCUUGGAAUUCAUGGAGUCUGGGAAGUGAUAGAUCCGGGCUUAGACAAUGCCAAGAAGAACAAUAUUGUGAAGGGCCUCAUAUUUCAAUCCAUACCGGAAGAUUUGAUUCUUCAAAUCGGGAAACUAAAAACCGGUAAGGAGAUGUGGGAGGCUAUUAAGACAAGGAAUCUAGGGGCUGAACGCGUGAAGGAAGCGAGACUUCAAACAUUAACUGUCGAGUUUGAUAGUUUGAAGAUGGAAGACACCGGUACGAUAGACGAUUAUGCAGCGAAGUUGUCCGGUAUUGCCUCAAAAUCAGCCACACUUGGAGAUGUCAUAUCUGAACACAAGUUAGUAAAGAAAUUUCUCACAAGUCUUCCCAGGCGAUUUGUCCACAUUGUGGCAUCACUUGAACAUAUUUUGGAUCUUAAAACAGUUGGGUGUGAAGAUGUGGUUGGUAGAUUGAAGGCUUACGAAGAAAGGAUUAAAGAAGAAAACAAAGUUAACGAGACUCAAGGAAAAUUGCUUUAUUCAAGGGCCGAAUUUUCCAACAGAAACUAUGAUUCAAAUAGGGGUAGAGGUUGCGGCGUGAACUCUCGAGGUCGUGGUCGAGGUAACACCCAAAAUCAUGGUCAACAGGAUUCCUCGAAAAAAAAGUGA